AUGGAGUUUCUUGGUGCAAAUAUUUCGUCAGGGGAAGGUCAAAAUAAUUUCUGGAAUAAAAAAUUGGAAAAUUUCAAAUUUAUUAUGCAGCGCUUGAGUAUUAUUUCUAAGCACGAUGCUAUGAUACUUAUUCUGCACGCAGCUUACUUGCCCCGCCUUACGUUUUUCCCAAGAACGUCACCUAACCCUGAUGAAUCAAUAUUAAAAUGUUUUGAUCAAUAUCUCCGUGACGGAUUCCAAACGGUAUUUAAUGUGUCAUUAAACCAAAAGGUGUGGCAGCAAGCCAUUUUACCAAUCAGUGUUGGUGACCUGGGUUUGGGCUCCGUGGCUGAGCCGGCACAUUCUGCCUUCUUGGCUUCUGCUGCUGCUACGGCGACCCUCCAGGAACUGUUAUUGUUUAGUGACAAGUCUUAUCCUGACAACAUCAGAACCCAGGUGUAUGAUAAGUGGCGCGCCGUUUAUGGAAAUGUUUUCGGUUAUGAAACUCAGUUUCAAAAAGUUUGGAAUGCAUCAGCAAUCAGCAAAUCAUAUGAAAAUUUGCUGAAAUUGAACUGCUCGGCUUAUGAUAAAGCUAGAAUGAUGGCUCUAAAAACUAGUAUUCCUGUGAUAAAGAAAUCAGUGGGUCUGGUAGAGGAAGGGAGUUUCAGACCUGAUGGAUACACGAUUUCACCAUGGGCUAUGGGACGUUCGCUGGUUUGGGAUGUUACUUUUCCCCACACUAUGGCUGAUAGCCACCACCACGUUAUCUUUACAAGAGUCGUUCUGCCAAAAAACGGAAUAUAUUUUGACAACUUAGGCACCCUGACCUACAACAGUUGGGUAGCAAUCUAUGUUGAUGUUCUUACCAUCCAUGCUAAGCUGCAAAAAAUUGGAACGUACUAG